AAGGUCAAGUUUGCACAAAAACAGUAAAAAAUUAGUGAAGGGCCGGCUAUUUUCGUGUCGACGGUUACAUCAUUAGACCGAAAAUUUGUGGCGCGGUUGAGCAGAAAACGCAGCAAUCUUUGCAUCUCCGCGUCACUUUGCCACCUACGUAAGCUCGGUAUAACAUUUGUGAUGUCUUCCCCUCAGCUCUCUGACCGCUGGUGUAAAUACACACACCAAACGAGUGGGAGAUCGACGCCUCCCCAACCGACGACGUUGGCGAAGGCGUCUCUCGUCAGUCAAAUUGCGAUCGUCGUUGCGUGACCAUUUAACGUUGCACUUAUUGUUAGUAUACAAUGAUUAAACAAUUGUUUGGCAUAUAACAUUGGAUUUGUAAAUAAAACGUGAAAAGACAGCUCCCGUGGAACUUAAACGUGUGUCAUAUUAGACUCCAUCGAACCGAUUCUGACAUCAACAAAAUGGAACGAUUACUAUUGCUAACUUUUUUAGCUGUCGUAGUAUUGUGUCAACAGUUUCAAACAAUUUUCGAGUGGAAGUCAAUUGACUUUCACUGGCAAUCAGACGAAGAACGGAAACAUGCUCUAGUGCGUGGCGAAUAUAUACCAGCAAACAACUUCCUCACCACCGUGAAAUUUUGGAAAGACAAGAUGUAUCUGACAUUACCACGAUGGAAAGACGGAGUGCCGGUAACAUUAGGCGUCACGUCUGCGAAGCCGGUGAACGGGAACACAGCACCCUUACUGGAGGCCUUUCCCAGCUGGGAUAUGCAGAAGCUGGGCGACUGCUCGGCGUUUCAAUUAGUUCACAGCGUGGAGAUUGAUCCUAAGGGUCGCAUGUGGGUACUCGACACCGGUCGGGCCACAUCUCUGCGUCAGGAGCGUAAGAAUGACUGUCCAGCUCGCCUCGUCAUUCUUGAUCUCGAGGACAACGGCAAGAUACUCCGCAGAUACGAGUUCCCCGAUCACGUAGCCCGUCGUGGGUCAUCGGGAACAUAUCUCAACGACAUCGUUCUUGAUCACGAGAAUGGUGGCAUGGCAUAUAUCACUGACAACGGCCAUGACGAUCCCGGCAUCAUUGUGUAUUCCUUGAAAAACAAUACUUCCUGGAAGAUUCGGCAUGAUUCUAUGAAGGCAGCAGGGGAGGCGGUUGGAUUUAUGGUAGCAAAAACACAUGUCAUCAAUCCGAUACACGUGGAUGGUAUAGCGCUCUCACCUGCAAGCAAUCGCGACAGGCAGAUUUACUAUUCACCUUUAUCUUCGUUUCACUUGUACUCACUCCCGGUAUCUGUUCUGAGAGACAAUGUAACAAACGUUGAUCAGUACGUGAAGCAACUCGGGCGGAAGUCAUCGCAGACUGAUGGUAUGGCAAUGUCGGCCAAUGGCGUACUUUAUUUCGGCUUAUUAGCCGACGACGCUAUCGCCAUGUGGGAUACCAAAAAUACAUCGUCUUUUACCGUCGGUCAGCGAAUUAUAUCGCGCGAUCAUUAUUAUACGCAGUGGCCUGACAGCUUCACUUUUGACGAUGACGGCAACCUUUGGUGUGUCACCAACAUGUUACAAAACUUUUUGAACAGUCGUGUCAAUAUCACCAUGCCCAAUUAUCGCCUCCUUCGAUUACCCUUAGGAGUUAGGAGUUAUCAAUAUUACGAAAACGGCACGGCGCCGGAAUGGCCGGACUUUACUGCUGGUGCCGAUUCCGUUAAAUUCGCGCUCGCCACAUUAUUAGCCGCACUUUUAGUAUUUGUCGCGAAGUAACUUUUUCGUAUCAAAGAUAUAGAUUUGAACACUACGAAGAAAUGAUUUACGAAUUCAUAUUGGCAAAAAAAAUUGAUUAGAGUUUAUAUAUAUUAAUUUUUAAGCUUACAAAAUAUUUUCUUAAUGUCUAUAUGUUUAAAUAUGUUUACAAAUGAAAAAACAUGAGAUAAAAGUAGUAUAGAGUAGAAAAAUUCAACAAUUGUGUAAUAAAUAGAUAGCUCUUCAUAAUGAUACUAUGAAAAAAU